AUGAAAAAACUGAAUUAUCAACCAAAAUAAAUGUUCAUUAAUAAUAUUUUGAGUACUCAAAAACAUACUCCAUAAGUUUGUUUUAAAGAAUUAAUAACACUAAAUUCAUAAUCUUAGCAAAAUAUUUUUGAUUAAGAGAAGUUACUUUAAUAAAUGGAAAGAGUUGUAUUAUCAUGUUAUUAGUUGCAAAAAUGUAAGUUUUAUAAAUAAAUGAGUAGAUUGGGAAUAAAUUUAAACUUGCUAUAUAGAAUUAAAUGCUUUAUAGAGUAAUAUUGGUAAAUUAGAAAAAAUAAAUAAGCCCUCAUAAAAUAGUUAUUUAAUAUUAAGACAAUUGAUUGAGAGUGUUUUUUAGAAGUGUGAAAGUUAAAAAGAAAUCAUAUUGAACAAGAAGUGCUAGAAUAGUUUAUUAAUGAUUGGAGGAAUGAAGGAAAAUGAGCUAAACUUUGGAUAGAUUAACAAUGGUUUUGUUUCUGAAUGUUGGAUAUGAAUUAUU